AUGACGACCCGACUCGCCAUCGCGCAGUGCCUUCCGACCGAGAUCAUCGAGCACAUCGCCCUCUACGCAGCGCCCUGGCGGGUCAACCCUCCGUACGCCGAGUACAUCUAUGCUCAACACAGCCCCGAGACAAUCAAAAAUGCUUCCAUGACCUGCCGAUCUUGGAGAGCGGGUUUCGGGCGUAUGAGGUGCCACACGGUCUUCUUGAACGACAACCCAUUCACUCAGGCCGACGCUCACGACUUCGUGCGGUGGCAUCAGCAAGUCAGGCCGUAUCCGGUGCGAGUCUUGAUCUCCCGAUCCUUCCGUUGUUUCGAUAGCUUGGAGGAAAGCCUUGGGAUCGUGCUGCGAUGCGUCGGUACGACACUGCGAUCUCUCGUGCUGUCCGCAGACCCGCUACCUCGCCUCAGUGCAGACACGUGGGGCUGCUUGCCGCGUGAGUAGCACGCUCCGGGUCACCGCUCUACAGACAAUCUGAUGAUGAUAACGCUUCUGCUCCCUCUCUUUCUGCGCUCCGACCUGCGCCCCCGUUUCUCACCUCAGAGCUCGAAGACCUGAUCUUACACGGAAGCACGAAGGGAUACGAUUGGGACGGGCUUCGAGCUGUGGAACUUCCCUCUGUUCGGCGGCUCGUUGUCCGGAGCUGUUACUGUGCAAGCAUCGACCAGUUUUUGGAGCACUUUGAGUUGCCUGGACUUGAAGAUCUCACGAUGGUCCUGGACGAACCUCCGAGUUGGGAAGAGAAGGAAUAUGAAGUCGGUAACGUCAUACCCUUGUUGGAGCAGCUCUUUACCGGAUCGAAGCCGGGCAUACGACGCGCCAAGUUCGAACUUUUAUGGGAUCCGUGGAAUCCGCAUUCUGCAUGGACCGUGCAACUUGCUCGAACGAUCCGUCUCUGCACAUCCACUUUACGGGACCUCGACUUGGAGAUCACGUCACACGAGUCAUGGCAUCGCGAAGACGACCCCGCGUGGCCCGACGAUUUGGAUCAAGUCCUCGAUAAUCUUGGACCGGACAGCCCGCUCGAACGCUUACGAAUUGCCCUACCAGUGUGUAACAUUUCUACAUGGCAAAGGUUCAUUACCUUGAUUGAAGACAAACUCGACAAUUGUCAAGCGCUGCGACGGCUCGCCUUCCUCCUUGUCCAUCAAUCCGUGGGGGGUACGAUACGCAACAUCAGGACCACGCCGGAGGUUUGGCACCUCGGACCCGGCGAACAUGUGCCAGAUUGCCGUUCGAAAGGAGCCAGGGUUAGUCCGAAGAAAGUGGGUAUGCUUGAAGGGGACAGGUGGGAUCGAGUGCGGGAGCAGUGUAGAGAACGAGGGAUCAAGUUCGUGCUCCGUUCGAGCAUCGAUUACUGA